CUCACUGCCAACCAAGCUCCAUACCCUAUUCACGACCUCACACCCCCCCAGCACAGCCUCCAAAAAUGGCAGACCAGACGCCCGCUACCCCCGCGCCACUCGAGGCCUCUGAGCUGGGAACGAAGGAAUACUGGGACGAACUCUACACCCGCGAAUCCACCAACCACGCCGCCGACCCCACCGACGAAGGCACAAUCUGGUUCGACGACUCCAGCGCCGAAGACAAGCUGGUCGCCCUCCUCCGCUCCUCGUCACUCACCGGUUUCGACCCCGCGACGGCUAGUUUCCUAGAUCUGGGGACGGGGAAUGGACAUUUGCUGUUUAGACUUAGGGAUGAGGGGGUCAGGGGGGAUGAUGAUAGCGAGGAUGAGGAAGAGGAGGGGGAGGAGGAGGAGGGGAAAUUGUUUAAGGGCCGCAUGAUGGGCACAGAUUACAGCGCUACCUCCAUCACCUUUGCGCGCGCCGUAGCAACCGAGCGCGGCCUAGUUGACGGCGCAGUAGAGUUUGUAGAAUGGGACAUCCUCGCCUCGCCAUCAGAUGCGGUGCUCUCGGGCCCUAACGCGGAUGGCUGGGACGUCGUUCUCGACAAGGGGACAUUCGACGCGGUUAGCUUGAUGGGGGAUGCGGAGGCGGGGAAGCGGUAUGUGGAGAGGGUGAGGGAGGUGGUGAGGAGGGGGGGGUGGGCGGUGAUUACGAGUUGUAAUUGGACGGAGGGGGAGGUACGGGGGUGGUUUGAGGGGGAGGGGUUGGAGUGGGGGGGACGGGUGGAGUAUAGGAGGUUUAGGUUUGGGGGGGGGGAGGGACAGAGUAUUUGUACGUGUUAUUUUAGGAGGGUGUGAGCGGGGUGCUGGGUGUGCUGGUUAGAGGAGGGGGAGGGAAUUGCAUACAGAUGGUGUAUGUAGCAAGUACGAUGGGAAAAGGCGCUUGAUAACGCGGUGCUCUGAUCGGAGGGAAGUAGGAGCAUAGAAAAGGAUUCGUUCGGUCUUUUGGCCCACAGGCUACGACAUUUCCAAAGAGGCCAACGACUUCAAUCACCCGGAAACCAAAGAUGGAGGAUUUGUAAGAGCUUCCGAGGUGGACCGGAAGCAUCGAGCACUCUCCUACUAGAAGCAGGCUGUUACCGUCGGGAGCUGCUGCUGCUGUCGAGAAUCGCCGUCGUCACAAAUCUUGCUGCUAUCGCGAGUUGCUGCCGUCGCUGAGAAUUGCUGCUGUCGGGCACGGCCAAACAUUUUAAUGGGCAUUAAGAGCAGCUAAUUCAUUAUCGAUAGAAACGAUGGAUUCAACCUUCACGCACCACGAGUAUACAUGUAUGGUUG